AUGACCGAACGAGUUAAAGUUGUCCGCACGGUUUUUAAAAGAAAAAAAGCGACGAAGACUAUCGGGGGGGAAGAGAACGAGAACGAGGAUACCAAGGGCGACGAAAAGAGGAGACGUGAGAAACAGAAUCAAGCAGGUGAGGAGUACCGGCGAGCCAAAGGGAGCGGCGAAACGAGAGCAACGAAUCCGGUAAAACAGCACGACUGUUUCGACGAGGCUUAUCCCAGGGAAGGGGGCCACGAGGCGGCUGCAGACGGAAACAGGGAGCUAGCUUGUGACAGAGUGUGCACGAGGAACGAUGAACAGACGGAGAGAGGGAUGAAGGGAAAAGACGAAGUGGCGAGAGAGACGAAAAUAAGUAAGAAGAGAAAAGAGCAGAUGGACACCCGUUGGAACCGUGGGAACAUGUAA